GCUUAGAGCAGCACUCUGGGCCCAGAUUCAAACUGACAACUGUUGUGACCAUGGGAACCUGAGGGGCCCUCCACUCCCACAACAACUCUGCUUCUGACUACUGAACCGAGCACUUGCUGGGACUUGGGUUCCAAAUCAACAUACGGUAGAGAAAACCUUUCUAGAGCGCUAAGGAACCUGCUUUUGGAGAUGCGGAUCCGAGUGGUCCAGAUCUGGGGCUUCCUGAUGACCGUGAUGGGUUGGAUCUUCGUGGCUUGCACCAUGGCCAUGGAAGGCUGGAAGAUCACCUCAGUCGGCGGGAUGGGGGGCUCCUCCAUCCUGAAGGUGGCCUGGUACUGGUCCAGUCUGUGGAGAGCUUGUUUCACAGAUUCCACGGCUGUCAGCAACUGCUACGACUACCCCGUGCUCUGGUCUGUAGAGGGCCACAUCCAGAUCGUGCGAGGCCUGCUGAUGGCCGCGCUCUCCCUGGGGAUGCUGGGCUUCGUGCUCAGCUUGCUGGGCAUGGAGUGCACCUUCAUCGGGGGCAAAGACCCCUCCAAAUAUAAGAAGAUCUACACCGGCGGUUGGUUCCACAUAAUCAGCGGUUUACUGUCCACCAGUGGAUAUGUUGUCUAUGCCCAAUAUGUCUCAGGAGAAUAUUUCAACCCCAACUUCGAUGGACUGAAGUACGACCUGGGCACCCCGCUGUUCCUGGGCUGGGUGGGCUCCUCCUUUCAGGUGGCGGGCGGAGUCUUCUAUCUGUGGUCCGCUUGUAAGCCGCUCUGUGGACAAGAACAAACGGUGAUCAUCCGGCCGGUCCCAGACCCGGAACAGGACCCCAAGACCAAGUCCACCACGGAGCUCUCCUCGGUGUCAGGAAUCACCUCCAAGACCAAAGUGUCCUCUGUGUCUGAGCUGUCGUCAGAACGCUCGGACGUGUCCGUCAUCUCCUCUGCAUCCACAUCCGGAGGCUCGGUCGAGUCCGGGAGCAGACCGCUCACCUCUUCCGCCGGGUCGGCCUCCGAGUCGGCCGUCUCGUCCGGGUCCAGCGUAUCGACGAGGUCGGGGUCGAGCGGCGGCAGUCGUGUGACGUCGUUGUCUGGCAGCUCCGGGACUGGGAGAGCAUCCUUUCUGAAAAACUCCUACAUCUGAGGGGACCAGACUCGUACGGAUGACACUCAGCAUCGGAACUGAAAAACAUGGAUCAAAAUAUACACACUCGUCAUUUUGAACACUUUGAGAACUUGACGUCUCGAGCUAAAAA